UGUGGGCUUACUUGCAUCAUCCAUCCAUCCAUUCCCUCUUCUCACUUUUCCUAGCUUUCCCUUUUCUCCCCUCUCUCUCUCUCUCUCACUUGAUAUUCCUUCUCUCCAUUUCUCUAGAGAACUCACACCCCAUCUUUCAAAACUAGUGAGGCUUGAUCUGUAACUUUGACGAGAGAUCAUCAUCUGAGGAAUAUUUGUGGGUAGUAGUUGGAUCUUCGCUCUCCUUUUACUGGUUUCUGUGGUGUGGGAAAGGUUCUUACUUUCAUAUAAUGCAUGAAUUAAUGGAUCCUUCAAUCGUCCAGCACCAGAUGCAGCAGCAGCAGGAAAUGUCGUCACACUCACUCGAGACCAUGCUGCAGUCCAACUGCUCCUCCGCCGCCGCCGGAAAGCCAACCAACUCCGCCGGCGGAGACCAGAGAAAGCCCCGGCCGCAGCCCGAACACGCGCUGAAGUGCCCGCGCUGCGACUCCACCAACACCAAGUUCUGCUACUACAACAACUACAGCCUCUCCCAGCCCCGCUACUUCUGCAAGUCCUGCCGCCGCUACUGGACCAAAGGCGGCACCCUCCGCAACGUCCCCGUCGGCGGCGGCUGCAGAAAGAACAAACGCUCCUCCUCCAACUCCUCCUCCUCCGCCACCUCCUCCGCCACCUCCACACCUUCCUCCUCAUCUUCCCUCCUCAUGACCCACUUGCUCCCGCCGUCCUCCUCCGCCGCCUACGACUCCAACGACCUCGCCCUCGCCUUCGCCCGCCUCCAGAAGCACCACCACCACCAGCUAGGGUUUGACCACGACCAGAUGUUCAACGCCGGCAACAACUUCCUCCUCCACAACAGCUUCCUCGACAGCGGCAGCAAUCUGCAGGGGCUGUACUACAACGGCGGAGGCGGAGUAGGAGGAGGAGGGUACGAUGGUAAUUCCACCUUCGAACAGCAGAGCCACGAAAUGUCCGUGAUGUCGGACCAUUACACCAGCGGUGACCAACCGGACAACGAACCGAUUUCCGGGCCGGCCACGACCCAGGCGGUCACGGUGACGACGAUGAAGCAGGAGUACUUGCUGAAUCAUGGAAGACAGGAGGAGAGCGGCGGCGGCGGUGGUGGUAACACUAACAAGGUGCUGUGGGGAUUCCCGUGGCAGAUGAAUGGGGGAUGUGAUAACGGCGGGAAUGUGGUUGUGGAUAAUAAUAAUAAUACGAUGAGGAUGUCGGAGAGCGGCGGCGGCGGAGGGUGGUGGAGUAGUGGUAACGGUGGGAGUAAUGGUGGCGGCGGAGGAGUGAUUGGUGUCGGCGGCGGAGGAUCAUCGGGGGCGGCUAAUUGGCAUGGACUUCUCAACACUACUCCCUUAAUGUGAUGAAAACUAAUUUCAUCACUACUACUACUCACUAAUAGGUUUCAUCAUCCUUCAUAGACGGAAAAAGAAGAAUCCAUGAUUACUUUCUUUUUAGAUUAUAAUUAGGGGGUCUCUUCUCUUCUCUUUUGGGUUUUUUUGGGAAGUGGUUGGUUGGUUGGGUGAUUUGAGAGAUUUGAUGUUGAGGGAAUCAUGCAUUCUUUCUCUCAUAAUCUUCCUAUUAAUUUGUUCAUUUACUUGGGUUUUUAAUCUUUGGUGUUUUUUCUGGGUUGGUUGGAGUGUUAAAGUAAUUAGUCCGUGUUUAGGGUAUGUCUGUUUUACCGCGUCAUGUAUUAAUGAAGUGAUGGGUUUACGGAUUAGUCGUGAAUGCGCUGUUCAGUUUGUUCAGUGUAGUCGUUGUUAUGGA